CACGGGUAUCGGAGGAACUACGCCGGUCGAACUCCUAUCCCUUGGGUCCUUUUCAAUUACAAAUUCACUCCAUACUCUCAUUUGACCCUGUAUCUCUGCUCCUCUUUUUCUUCUUCUUCAAUUCUGUCUUUCCUGUCACCUCCCCACGUCAUCCUGGGACCGACCAACCCGAAGAGUUUACGCUAAGCGAUCGAUCGAUUAGUAUGCCGAAUUGACCAGGGGCCACCCACGAACCCGUAUCUGACGCUCCAUAAAAUCUUUGAUAUUUUAUUCUUCAGCCUCUCUCUGAUUUCCAACAAACGACGCGCGACCGCGAUUUCAUACUGUCCCGUUGCAAACGGAACUACCGAUGAAGCGCAAGGACCGUACAGUGUCCAAACGUCGCUCCAAGCCGACCCUGAGAGUCGCGACCGGCCAGAACGGCCAUGCGAGAGACGGAAUGAAUUCCAACAUUGAAAUGCGCAAGAGGGACACCUCUAUCGAAUCGACGUCGUCCGUACGAGCCUCCCGCAUCAUGUCCCGCCCCAGCUUUUCCCUAGACCACGACCCCCCGGUCACCCCGCAAACACCGGGAUUAACCACGACGAGUUUCUCGAACCUCCCGCCAAGCGAUAAAAGAAACUUCUUGCUAUUGUGUGUAUUAUAUUUCCUCCAGGGAGUGCCCAUGGGGUUAGCCUCGGGAUCGGUCCCGUUCCUCCUCAAGCCCUACUUGUCCUACGGCCAGAUCGGUGUCUUCUCCCUCGCGUCAUACCCCUAUUCGCUCAAACUACUCUGGAGCCCCAUUGUGGACGCGGUCUGGAGUCGAAGGUUUGGUCGCCGCAAGAGCUGGAUCACCCCGGUCCAGGUGAUUGCCGGAUUGGCCAUGAUUUAUUUGGGCGGGCGCAUUGGUGAUAUGAUGGUGCAGGCGGGCGCUAACGGCGGCGCUGGGGUCUGGAACUUUACAUACUGGUGGUUCCUGCUGGUACUUUUCUGCGCCACGCAGGACAUUGCGGUGGACGGUUGGGCCAUUACGCUCAUGUCCCCGCCAAACAUCUCCUAUGCCUCGACCGCACAGACGGUCGGCUUGACCGCGGGCCAUUUCUUGUCGUACACGGUAUUCCUUGCAUUUAACUCGCAGGAUUUCGCCAAUCGCUGGUUCCGGUCCGCUCCCGGAGAGGGCGGCCUGCUCUCCUUGGGAACGUAUCUGACGUUCUGGGGCUGGGCGUACCUGGUUGUGACAAUAUGUUUGGCUGUUAUGAAGAAGGAAGACAAAACCCAUGAUCGGGAUAGUAUCUCGGAUGUGUAUAAGAGCAUGUGGAGCGUGCUCAAACUCAAGAAUGUUCAGACGAUCAUCUUGGUGCACUUGAUCGCCAAGAUUGGAUUCCAGGCCAACGACGGCGUAACCAGUUUGAAGUUAUUGGAUAAGGGCUUCGGGCAGGACAAUAUGGCAUUGGUCGUGCUGAUUGACUUUCCAUUCGAGAUUGGCUUGGGCUACUAUGCUGGUAAAUGGUCAACCGAGUAUACUCCCAUGCGCCUAUGGUGUUGGGCGUUUAUGGGACGACUGGCGGCGGCUGUUCUGGCGCAGUUCACUGUUAUGAUUUACCCGUCGGGAUCCGAAGUGCCGUUUUGGUAUAUGCUGACGGUGAUUGGGGAGCACGUGUUGUCAACGUUUAUGAACACGGUCAUGUUCGUCGCUGUGUCUGCGUUCCAUGCACGCAUCUCCGAUCCAGCGAUUGGAGGAACUUACAUGACGCUGCUGGCAACUGUCUCCAACCUGGGUGGCACAUUCCCACGUUACUUCAUCCUGAAGCUGGUGGACAUGUUCACCGAGGCGACGUGCACCCCUCCCAGCGUUCCUCCCGCGGCGGACCAGUUGAAGGGUGAACUGGUCACCUCGCCUUUCUCCUGCGCCUUGGAACCGGAUAAGAACCGUUGCACAAAUGGCGGCGGCUCCUGUCACACCCUCCGGGAUGGGUAUUAUACGACGAACAUUUUAUGUGUGCUGAUUGGCACCGUCACCUUUUUCAUGUUUAUCCGACCCGCCGUGCUGAAGCUGCAGGGACUUCCCCUGCGGGCGUGGCGGUUAUCCCCGAACGGCAGGCAAUAGACGGUAAAAAUAGAGAAAAGCGAUAAACGGGACCGGGGUUUACUAUAGAUGGACACGGACUGUAUUAUUUGCAAAACACUUGCACGUUCGAUGUAUUAAUAGAACCGUCCAAAUGCAGACUAUUGUGGACCAAGAUCCCUGCAGACCAAGAAAUGAGGGUUGCAUCAGCCAUGUAUCCUCAGUUUCCUACUAAAAGUUCAUCACAACCCCCGAGCCAAUGGCCGGCCCGGUCGAAGUGCCCCGGAGUUUUGCCAUUUGCCGUGUUUCGGGUGCCCGCAUUAGUGAGUUCGGGUUCCUG